GAGUACUUUGCGUACGCAAAUUGCUACACAAAAAUGAAUUUCGCUCACGGCAUUUAGAAAACCACAUGGUACCGCACGCUCAAAGGAUUAAAUACCUCGCAUGCUCAAUAGCUAGCGGCAAAAGGGUACAUUGGACACAAAUUAACUCAUCCCGUAAUAUACUAGUCGUGGUUUCAGAAUUCAAAAAGAGAAAUGCAUGUAAAAGUUUAUUGAUAUUCACGUGCUUGAUUUAGUAAUAUGACCACACACACACAUACACAACUGACAGUGGAUGGACACGAAAUAGACUCCCAACCGACCAUUAAGUACCUGGGAAUCAGGCAGCAAAAGUCGGUGCUGCUCUAUCGCGACUAAUGCCAAAUGUAGGUGGACCAACGCAGGGUCGAAGGUUACUUCUAGCCAGUGUAACUACAUCAAUUAUGUUAUACGGUGCCCCAAUAUAGGCGGACGUCAUGUUGGUGAAGUCCUACGCACGAAAGCUAUACUUCUGAGUCAAUGAUGACAGCUAUGCAGUGCCGGAUCAAGGGGGGGCUUUAGGGGCUGCAGCCCAGGGUCCCGGUCUUGCAAGGGGCCCCACAAACCGAAAAUUUUCAAUACCAAAUUUUCCAAAAUAAAUUUUAAAAACUAAAUAACCCACACACAGAGAUUUCAGAAUUGAAAACAAUUUAAACAAAAAUUUGUAAACAUUCCUGUAAGUAAGUACAUACUGCAAAAGUAAAAAUAAUCUCAUUGUAUGAAUGCAAUAAUACAUUCAAUACAAAUUUCAUCAGAAAGAAAUAGACAGCCAAAUUUUCAAACGUUGCCGCGUAUGAGCCGAUCUCGCUUGUGAUUGGUCAACGUCCCUGUGUUAGCGCACGUGUGUGCCUCAUAAGCUCCCCCCCCCUCUCUCUCUGUCUCUCUCUCUUUUUCAUGUGCAUAUAGUCUCGCGCGCUACACGCGGUGGCAGCGACAUUUUGCACACGCGGUUGCUGCUGUCAAAACAAGUUCGAGAGUUUCGAGACGUAUGAUCAUAGAUUAUAAUUCGUUCGCUAUAAAAUAAUAGUAACAGUACUUUUAUAUACUUGAAAGAUAUAAUUCACAAAUGCUUCAACAUGUCAAGGAAGUAUGCUAGUGGUAAUGUGUAAAGGAAAUUAAAAACAGAUAGAGAGAAUUUUGAAAAGAAGCUGCCUAAAUUAUCAAAUUUUGUUCCUUCAACGAGUACUGCGGAUGAUGCUCCUCCGAUUACUGAAGAAAGCAGUGUUGGUACUGUUGAUCUUUCUGAAAGUGAAGUGUUAAACAGAGAUGAAGAUGUUUCCAACGGGAGUGAAAGAAACAAAGAAACAAAUGAUAUGACAGUGCAAUCAAGAUUGCAUUGUUCUAAUUUACUUGAGGAUUCAACAAAAUCAGGUAUGCAUAUCAAUCAAUCAAAAAUAGCUUUUUCCAACUGAUCCAAUCUAAUUUAAUGAAUCCUAUGUCUUGGAUAUUUUUAUUUUUAAUGUAUUUUCUCAUAAAUUUCAUACAUACAUAUGCAUCGCGAUCCGAUAUUAAUUGUAGGUGCUGAUUUAAGAUAUUCACAUUCACAUCAGUGUAAAUUUAGCUCUGAACAUAAUACCACAAUUAUUGCAAUUACCUCAAAAGAGAAAACUACAAAUAAAGAUGACUCAUUCCCUGCAGAUACAAACGAAAGUGAAGUUGUAGACAUGGACGAAUCUGUAAUAUUGGAAGACAAUCCAAAGACAGAUACUGUAAAACAGGAUCCAGCUCUUUGGCCAUUACAUUUCACAGAUGCAGAAAGAUCUAAAUACUGCGAGAAAGACUCGACAUUUUUUCAAAAUAAAAAUUCGGAUUUCAAAAAUUCUGUAAGAAAAUGUAAAAAUCAAAAUAGAUUUUUCAAUCCCAAGCAUUUUACGAGGGCAUUAAAUAAUGGCGAAAAAUGCGAAAGAAAAUGGCUCUUAUAUUCUGAAUCGACCGGAAAUGUGUUAUGCUAUACUUGUAAGCUUUUUGGCGUGGAUCAUGAGAACUCAUUUGUCACAGGAUUUUCGAAUUGGAAAAAAACAAAUCUAUCAAUUAGUGGAGAGAAUAGAUAUUAAUUUAAUGACUGUUAUGGAAAGUGAAAUAAAACACUGGACUGAAAUUUUAAAAAGAGUAGUAGCAGUUAUAAAAUUUAUUUCUGAGCGAGGUCUUGCAUUUCGUGGUACACACGAAGCUAUAGGCUCUCCAGAUAAUGGAAAUUAUCUUGGAAUUUUAGAAUUAAUAUCUGAUUUUGAUCCGUUCUUGAAAGAGCAUAUAAUUUUAUGCGCAAAUAAAGGUCGGGGAACGGUUUCGUAUUUGUCUAAGACUAUCUGCGAAGAAUUGAUAACUAUUAUGUCAGAAGCUGUUAAAAAGCAAAUAAUCAGUGAAAUAAAACGAGCAAAAUAUUGGGGACUAGUAGUCGAUUAUACCCCUGACAUUUUGCACAUAGAUCAGUUAUCUGUAAUUUUUAGAUACUAUUAUAAUGGCCAUGUAUAUGAACGAUUGUUUUUGCUUCCUGCCCAUAACCAGUCACACAGGCGAAUCGCUUAGUACAAAAAUAUUGCAAUUACUUGAAGACGUCGAAAUGAACAUAAGAAAUUGCCGAGCGUAGACUUAUGAUAAUGCCAGUAACAUGUCCGGCAAAUAUUCGGAAUUGCAGGCACGAAUAAAAGAAGUGUAUGAUCUGGCUGUCUACGUACCUUGUGUUGGACAUUCUCUGAAUUUGGUUGGUGACAAUAGUGUAAGCGAAUGUAUUGAUGUGGUGAAUUUUUUUUGUAUACUUCAGCGACUUUACAGUUUCUUUGUUGCAUCGACACAUAGGUGGAAUAUUCUAGUUAAAAAUAAAGGUGCUAAAGUAACUAAUUUGUCAGCUACAAGAUGGUCCUGUCGAGUAGAUGCAGUAAAUGAUGCGGUCAAGGAUUAUAAUGGAAUCCAUAAUGCUCUUUUAGAAUUAGAAAAUGACGAUAAUCAAAAAGCGGAUACUCGACACGAAGCUGCGUCAUUAAGAAAAAAUAUGACAAAAUUGGAAUUCGCAUGCAUGGCUGUGUUUUGGCAUCGGGUUCUAAAUCAAUUUCAUAGAACUAGUAAAUAUUUACAAAAAGUAGAAUUGGAUUUAAAUACAGCUAAUAAUAUGUUACAAUCGUUGGUCACACAGAAUUUGGAAGGCACUGAUAAAUUUCGCAUUUGCACUUACUAUGU